UAGACAGUGAUCGAUUACUUUUGCUACGGUGCAAUAACAUAGAUGUCUGGCGGGCAGGAUGCACGCUCACCGAUGCGAUCGGCCAUGGCGUCCGUACGUACAUAACUAUACCUACGACAUUAUAUAGAAGCAGUAAAUAUGGAUGGAAAAUGAUGGACAAGAUAAACACAAACCGGUCAACGAUCGACGUGGCUUCACUACGUCCGUCCUCGUCGCACCCGAAGGAUUACAAAGGCGCGGGUGGGGGGCGGCGCGCUGGGCGGGAGGCGCUUACCCGUCGCAGUGGAGAUGGUUAUUUUUUGUGCGUUGUCAAUGAAGGCACGGGUAGGGGCGGGCCGACUCAGGAUCUCUCAGUCCCUAGCCGCACGCGACCGCGACAGCCACGCGCACGAGCACAUGCCGAGCCUACCACGAAACAUGAAUUACGACGGCUGUGAUAGAAUAGUGCCCAUCAAACGCGAGGAGGAUCCCGAUUGCCGGGAUGACGACGAUUACUAUCGAUACGUGCCCGUCGAAGUGAAAAGACACGACCCACAAGCAUUCGCGCCAUCCUCGCCGACACACCUAAUGGAUUUGAGCAACGGGAUCGAAAGACCGGUGCUCCAGCAGGCUUGGCCCACCAAUGUCAUAUUCGACAGCGAGGACCGAGACUACCAGCAGCCGCAGUACCCGCCGUACGACCAGCUCUACAUGGCCGAUCAGAGACAAAGACAAUUACCUCGGACGUUCUACUUCGACGAUUCCAAUUCCCAGGAUAGAGUGAACGGAUUCUACGAAAACAACGAGGCGGCGAAGAUCGGGGAAACAUCGUACAGGGCAUCGACCGAGGAACGGAGCGAUGACAACGACGAGCAGAGAAGACCGAGGAAGCGGUCCUCGAAAGCGUCUAGAAAGAAAACGCAGUCGUUCGAGGAGAUGCAAAUGCAGCGGGUUAUGGCGAAUGUGAGAGAGCGGCAAAGGACGCAAAGCCUAAACGAGGCGUUCGCCAGUUUGCGGCAAAUCAUACCAUCACUGCCGAGCGACAAGCUGUCCAAGAUCCAGACGCUGCAGCUGGCGACGCAGUACAUAGAGUUCCUGUACCAGAUCCUGUCGAGCAGCGAGUGCACGACGAGCGAGGGCGGCAGCGAGGCGGGCAGCGAGCACGGCAAGUACCUCGCGCAAGACAAGCUCAGCUACGCCUUCUCCGUGUGGCGAAUGGAGGGCGAGUGGACAAACGGACAAACGUGAUACUAGAUAUUCUAAAGACGUUGAUUAUAUUCCAUAUAAAGAUUGUUAAUUGAUUAUUUUGUAAGAAAGUGAAGUUUUAAUUGAUAGUUUUAAUUAGCGUUGUAAGUUGCACGUUGUGAUAGUUCUUGUAAGUGCAUAAGAAAUAUCAAAAACUAAAUGAAUGUGAUUAUGGAACAAGUUAAGACAUCAAGUAGUGAGUAAUUGUAAAUUUAUAAUAAAGAUAUACAGCUGUAUACCAAAAAAUAUGACUAAUUGUACUUAAUUGUAAUGUUGUAAAACAUUUUUAUG